UCUUGGAGCGUGUUGGCCGCACCAUGCCUUCUCUGGAGGCGAUUCGCUACUCCCGGGGCUCGCUGCAGGUCCUCGACCAGCUGCUGCUACCGCAGCAAUGCCGCUACGAGGGGGUGGGCUCAGUGCGCCAGGCCUGGGAGGCCAUCCGCACCAUGAAGGUUCGCGGUGCCCCUGCAAUCGCGCUUGUGGGUUGCCUCAGCUUGGCCGUAGAGCUGCAGGCCGGCGCCGGAGGGCCGGGACUCGCUGCGCUCGUUGCCUUCGUGCGCGAUGCACUGAACUUCUUGGUCACCGCCCGGCCCACCGCGGUCAACAUGGCCCGUGCUGCCUGCGACCUGGCCGACGCCGCAGCCCAGGAAGCCGAGCGGGAGGGUGCCACGGAGAAAGCGGUCCGGGAGAGAGUGAUCUGCUACGCUGAGGACAUGUUGGAAAAAGACCUCAGAGACAAUCGGAGCAUUGGAGACCUGGGAGCCCACCACCUCCUGGCACGUGUAUCCCCUGCAGGCAGCAAGGUGACUGUGCUGACCCACUGUAACACUGGUGCACUGGCCACUGCUGGCUAUGGCACAGCCCUGGGUGUGAUCCGCUCACUGCACAACCUUGGCCGCCUGAAACACGCCUUCUGCACAGAGACCCGGCCCUACAACCAGGGGGCCCGGCUGACGGCCUUCGAGCUGGUCUACGAGCAGAUUCCCGCCACCCUCAUCACUGACAGCAUGGCAGCAGCUGCCAUGGCUCACCGGGAUGUGUCAGCUGUUGUUGUAGGAGCUGACCGUGUGGUUGCCAACGGUGACACAGCCAACAAGGUAGGCACCUACCAGCUGGCCAUCGCUGCCAAGUACCAUGGCAUCCCCUUCUACGUAGCUGCCCCCAGCUCCUCAUGUGACCUUCAUCUAGAGACAGGCCAACAGAUUGUCAUCGAGGAACGCCCAGGCCAGGAGCUGACCGAUGUCAAUGGGGUCAGGAUUGCAGCACCCGGAAUUGGGGUUUGGAAUCCUGCCUUCGAUGUCACCCCCCAUGACCUCAUUACUGGUGGCAUCAUCACAGAGCUAGGCGUCUUUGCCCCCAGUGAACUCCGGGCAGCCCUAAGCACCACCAUCUCCUGAGAGUAUGGACCCCAGAAGUAACC